GCUCAUAAUGUUUUACCUGUCAGGAUUUACCUGUGGGAUCCGACUUGAUGGCAAUGGGUACACAGAUAUUCUAAUAGCUAUCAACCCUGCUGUGACUGAAGAUCCUUUUCUCCUUGAACAAAUCAAGGAUAUGGUGUUUAAUGCCUCGUAUUUAUGUCAAGUGAUGAAAAACAAAUUGUACUUCAAGAAUGUGACGAUAUUAGUACCCCCAAACUGGACAGGAAACUAUUCCAGAGCAAAUACUGAAACAUAUGAAAAGGCCAAUAUCAUAAUAGAUGAGCCAAACAAAUUAAAUGGGAAUGAUCCUUAUACUCUUCAGUAUGGGGAAUGUGGAACUGAGGGUCGCUAUAUCCAUCUGACUCCUGAUUUCCUGAAACGUGAUGAACUCAUUAACGUCUAUGGACCCAGAGGUAGGGUCCUUGUACAUGAAUGGGCACAUCUAAGAUGGGGUGUUUAUGAUGAAUAUGAUGAGAGAAAACCCUUCUAUACAGACAAUGGAAAACUGGAGGCUACAAGAUGUACUAAGGAUAUUACAGGAGAGUGGCGAUCCAUCUCCAAUGGAUUCACGUGCACACCGACCAAUAUCAACGGGGAGCCGUCCGACUGUUACUUCUUCCUGCAUGAAUCUCAAACGGCCAAAGCAUCCGUUAUGUAUAGUCAGAGUAUUGACUCAGUAGUCGAGUUCUGCAAUAAAGAAAAUCACAACACUAAGGCUCCAAACAUGCAGAACAGGAUGUGUCGUCGCCGAAGUCUAGAGGAAGUUAUAUUUUCUUCCAGCGUGGAAAAUAUCCCUUCUAGUUCUUUACCAUCACCCAGUCCAGAACCCACAUUCUCAGUGGUGCAAAGACAACAAAGAGAAGUUUGUCUCAUUCUAGAUGUUUCAGGAAGCAUGCAGCUGAUGGAGUCUUCUAUAAAUUGCUUAAAUGAUGCCGUCACAAGUGGUGCUACAGUACACACAAUAAUUUUAGGACCCAAUGGGGAUCCAGGUGUGAAAGACAUGUCUGAAAAUACAGGCGGUAAAUUCUUCUAUGCCGGAGAUACUUUAAAUUCCAAUGAGCUUGUGGAUGUAUUUGCCUCACUAACAACUUCUGAUGGAAAUCUGACACAACAGACAAUCCAGCUUGAAAGCCUUGGAUUUACUGUGAGUGGGUCUGGCUUGUUCAGUGGGACUGUGUCCAUUGACAAGUCAAUUGGCAACAACACAGCUUUUCUCAUCCUCUAUGAACACAAUCCACCACCAACCAUCCUUGUAGAAAGCCCCUCUGGACAGAAAUAUAAUACGUUUAAACCUGAUCCUCAAGGGAAUUCUCUCACCCUGAAUAUUCCAGGAACAGCAGAGACAGGAAAAUGGACUUACAACAUUACCAACAAGGGACAAACACAGACUAUGUCAAUAACAGUGACCAGUCGUGCGGUCAGUGCAGAUGUGCCGCCUGUUACAGUGAAGACUCACAUGAACCAACAGUCCAGUAACGGCACCAAAGCCAUGGUGGUUUUUGCAGAGGUCAGCCAGAAUGGACUUCCUGUCAUACUGGCAGACGUGAGAGCUACUCUGGAGUCUGAUGCUGGAGACAAACAAGAGUUGAAUUUACUAGAUAAUGGAGCAGGUGCCGAUGCUUUCAGAAAUGAUGGCAUCUAUUCCAGAUACUUUACGCAAAUGAAAAGUGGGAAAUACAACUUGAAAGUGAGAGUACAGAACGGAACUGAAACAGUUAGAUUCUCCCUCAACAGACGCAGUGGUGCCAUGUACAUACCUGGAUAUGUGGUUGAUGGAAAGGUGGAGCUCAAUCCACCAAAGCCCUCUGUUGGUGAGGAGGACCUAGUGGCAGAUGUUGGCAUCUUCAGCAGGACAGCCAUAGGUGAGAGCUUCACUGUGAAUCUGCCACCUGGUGUUCCUGCGACGAAAUUCCCCCCCAACACCAUCACAGACCUGAACGCAGAGUUGGUGAAGGACAUAGUGCUGCUCACCUGGACUGCACCUGGGGAGGACUUGGACCAGGGCACAGCGAGUGAAUACGAGAUCCGCUACAGUGAGGAUCCUGAUGUGCUCACGUCCAACUUCAGCAACGCUCAUCCAGUCAACUCAUCUAACCUGCUACCAAGUGAAUCUGGAUCCUCAGAACAGCUCUCCUUCACUCCCACCCAUGGAACGAUGACAAACGGCACAACUCUGUUCUUUGCAGUUAAAGCAGUUGACAAGGAUAUGCUUUCCUCUGAAACCUCCAACCUUGCUCAAGUGACCAAGGUCAUUGGGUACAUUGAAAGUCCUGGCAAUGGUGUAAACAUGAUAGAAAUUUUCAUAUCCAUUGCCGUGGUAGCCAUAGCGGUCGGUUUGAUUGUAGGUGUGACAAUGACUGUACUAAAACAAAAACAGAGUCUGCAAAUUACAGUCUAACAUUGUGCACUCUGCAAUAAUUGAAAGUACUGAGCACUGCAUAUAAAACAAAGAAAGAUCAAACAUCACAUAUUAUAAAAUAGGAUGAUUCUGUUUUACAAGCAAGUAAGCUCUGGUAUAUUGAAAAAAGAUUCUGAUGAAACGAACAAUGUCCAUUCACAAAUAUUGAUUAAUUCCUGAACAUUGAUACAUACUUCCAACAUCUUUAGUUGGACCUUUCUUCUGGCAUUUCUUAGUCUCAUUUUAGGUGGAAUGAUGGUCAGGUGUAUGUGCAUGCACUGUAAGGCUUGAGCCAUGCAAAAUGUUAAAAUGGCUCAGAUUAUGCAACCUAAUGUUUUCAAAGAAUUUCCAAUAGAUUUGCUACAUCUGCAUUCCAGCGUUUUUACACAGGCCAAUUCUAAAUGUGUGUUUCUUUCAAAAACUCAAUUUAUAAAGCCUCUGGUAUUUCCUACUUUAGAUGGAUUGGUGGAGAAUGUCACAAUGUCAACUCUGUCAACUAUUUUAAUUACAAAGUGUAGACUAAUUGUUUUGUGUCCAUCCACGUACAUUUGCCUGUGUGCUUUGAUUGGUGUAGUGAGUUUUUGAGGGUGUGUGUGCGUGUGCAAGAGUUUGUGGAGCCCAAACAUCUUCAGUACAGUCUCAGAGGCCUGGUAUGGAGUCAAAUUCCCAGCCUGAAGUAUUGUCUCAGUCCAUCUCUGGGCAGAACCAAUCUCUUUUCACAACCAGAUAUUUAAAUAAUAAACGAUGGCAUCCUCACUCAGCAGUCCUCAUUUUGUAUUUUCUGACUCUUGCAGGCCACAUUUAAAUUCAGUUAUGCAGUGUCACCACUAGGUGACAGGCAUGCUCUUCUGUG